AUGGCGGAAGCGGCAGCGGCGUUGCUCAAGGAAUUUGAAGCAGCCAAGCGCGAAGUCGAAUCUGCUCGACAGCAUGUAGAAGAAACGCAGAAGGCUUACGAACGAGAACGAGAGCGGUAUGCAGCGGCAGUAGAGACUAAGAAGUCGUAUGCCGACGAAGUGGACGUCCUGGCAAAGAAAUUGGACAUCACGUUGUCCGAGGUCACGAUGCAGCCGGAAUAUAUUGUUGAGUUUCAGGCGAACAUUGGAUGCUACCAGUGCUACGUGCAUGUCGACAUGAGUUCUUCGUCGACCGUGCCGUACCUGCAGCUCGGUUCGACGUCAAACCGUGUCGAGUUGCGCACGAGUCCAGAGCACAUUCUCGUCGACGUGGCCUUGGAUCACGCCGUGGACCUUGCUUCCAGCGUUGUGCGCGUGCAGAAAGAUCAUGUGCAUGUUCGUAUUCCGCUCACGUCCGCGUCCAAAGAAAACCGCCAGUCGACAAUGACAGUCGGACUCACUGCGCGAUCCAUUCCCCGGGCGCAACUCGACGUCCAAGAGUACGCCCAUUUGCACUGCCGAUGCUGCCAAGCGAACCUCAUGACCGACUCGGAGACUCCAUGGACCAAGGCGUUGCCCCUCCCAUCGUCCAACUGGAUGGAAAUGGUUGACUUUUGGGGAGCGGCGGAAGGGGCGUUUGAGCAUAUUCCGAGGGACGGCAUCGACGCCGCCGCGGGUCGCAUCUACGUCGGAUCGGCCGACCUGUUGCUGCAUCGUUCGAACGUGGGCAAUGUCGUGGUGGCCACACCCGAACCUUCCAUCUCCUCCACACAGCCCACCCAAGCGGCGUCCAUCAAGGCCGUGCUUUUGUGCGCGAAGUGCUCGACUCCGCUCGGGUCCCUCCAAAAUGGAACCAACGUCCGCCUGUUCAAGCACUGCCUCGACACCACAGCCUCCAUCUUUCACUCGUACACGAGCGACUCGGUGCUCGUGGUGCAGAUGCUCGAAGUGAUCGAGGCGGAUGGGUUUUUCCGCUUUGACGUGGUAGACGAGGCCGCCGCCGACGGCGCCCGACGCCUGCGGGUGCAAGUGCUGAGCUGGGACGCCACCAUCCAAACGUCCGAGUUCCCGACGCCCCAGAAGGUGCUCAAGGUGCUCUUUGCCGUCGAGAAGAUAGGACCUAACGAGUCUGACCUGCCGUCGAAGGAGCUGACUGCGACCACGGCCUUGAUCGACGACGUGGUCGAACGGCUACAACGCAGUGCCACGCUCUUGCCUUCCUCCGUCGUAGCUGGCAUGAGCAAAGGCUCUAUUGGGUUCUUGUUUGGCUAA